CCAAAUCCUGCUCCAGCUCCAGCUCCACCCUCACAUUCCCCGGACCAUUGCAAUGCGGACUUGAACUCCGAAUUCUCAAAAUGCAGACGCACCCACCGGCAGGGAGAGCAGAGGACGGAACAAACCACAGAACCAAAAGCAGAACCCAAAACGGAACCAACCGGUGGACCUCAUGCAAAACCGAUCGUUGAACCAUUUGCAGAAUCAAACGCAGAACCCUACAGAGAACCCAGCACAGAACCCAGUACAGAACCUCAUUCCUACACAGAGAGAAAUGCAGAACCACGUACAGAAAGUCACACAGAGCCAUACACAGAGUCCUACAGAGAGCGGCACCCAGAGUCCCACACAGAUACACCAGGGCAGCUGGGACAGGGGUAUGAGGACUUUGAGGUGGAGUGGGAGGGGGAGUGGGUGCGGCAGACGGCCCUGCAGCUCCGUAGGGCGGGGCUGCGCCUCUUUGAGCAGGGGGGGCUGUGGCAGCGUCGCACGGUGGGGUCCCGGCUGCACCACUACGACGGGCUGUCAGACGGGGAGUCAGACAGCCCCGAAAAGGAGCCGGAGGUCCCUCUUUCCCCAUGGGAGCGGGAUGGGGAGAAAGCUGAGACUGCUGUCAGGAGGAGACGGAGGUCAUGGAGCUUGGACAGGGCUUUGGGUGAAGAAGGAGACUGGCCAGAGUCAGAACAGGCUGCUCAGAGGGAGCUGGGACCAGGCAAGCCCCAGGAUGAGCAGGCCUCCCAGGGGGACCUGGGACCAGGGGAGCCCCAGGAUGAACAAGCCUUCCAGGCGGCACUGGGACCAGGUGAGCCCCAGGAUGAACAAGCCUUCCAGGCGGAACUGGGACCAGGUGAGCCCCAGGAUGAACAAGCCUUCCAGGCAGAACUGGGACCAGGUGAGCCCCAGGAUGAACAAGCCUCCCAGGGGGAGUUGGGACAAGGCGAGGCCCAGCAGGAGCAGGCUUCUCAGAGGAUGCUCGGACCAGGCAGGCUCCAGGAUGAACAGGCCUCCCUGGGGCAGUUAGGACCAGGUGAGCUCCAGGAUGAACAUGCCUCCCUGGGAGAACUGGGCCCAGGCAAACCCCUGCUUGAACAGGCCUCCCAGGGUGAACUGGGACCAGACAAGUCCCAGCAGGAGCAGGCUUCUGAGAGGAAGCUCGGUCCAGGCAAGCUCCAGGAUGAACAGGCCUUGCAGGGGAACUUAGGACCAGACGAGCCCCAGGAUGACCGGACCUCGCAGGGGAAGUUAGGACCAGGCGAGCCCCAGGAUGACCAGGCCACUCAGGGGAAGUUGGGACAAGGUGAGCCCCAGGAAGAACAGGCCUUGCAGGGGAAGUUAGGACCAGGCGAAACCCAGGAUGAACAGGCCUCCCAGGGGAAGUUAGGACCAGGCAAGCCCCAGGAUGAGUACGGAGAAGGCGAACAGAAUUGGGGGAGGAGAGACUCCCUCUCUUUGGCUAUAAAGGACAUUAAAGAGGCCAUCCAAGAGGUGAAAACUCGGACCAUACGCUCACCCUACACCCCUGAGGAGCCCAUGGAUCCCGUCUGGGUGAUGAGGCAGGAUCUCAGCCCCACAGCGGAGUGUGACCAGCAGCUAUCGCUGGGCAGUGAUUCUCUGGACUCAGGCUCCGCCUCUCCUUUGGGGGCGGAGUCUACCAACAGACAGCAGCUGCAGGAGGCGAAUUACAGCGCUGAGUCUCCACCCAGCCAAGAGCCGAGGAAGACCUUAGCCUCAUUUCCAACCUAUGUGGAUGUUCCGGGACCAUGUGACCCUGAGGAUCUGAUCGAUGGGAUCAUAUUUGCGGCAAAUUACCUGGGCUCCACCCAGCUACUAUCUGACAAAACGCCGUCGAAGAGUGUGCGCAUGACGCAAGCACAGGAGGCCGUCAGCCGAGUCCGGAUGGCAAAAAGCAGGAAGAAGUGCCAGCAGAGUCCAGAGGUCCAGACCCCGGUCACCACUGAGGUGGACCUGUUCAUCUCCACACAGAGAAUCAAAGUGCUGAACGCAGACUCACAGGAGGCGAUGAUGGACCACCCUCUGAGGACCAUCUCCUACAUCGCCGACAUUGGGGACAUCGUGGUGCUCAUGGCUCGCCGCAGGAGGCCCCGCCCCCGAUCGCAGGAGCUGGGGGAGGCCGGUGACCCCGCCCCGGAAGGGAGGGGCCAGUGUACUGACCCCGCCCCGGAAGGGAGGGGCCUGUGCAACGACCCCGCCCAGGAGGAGAGGCGCCAGUACAGGAUGAUCUGCCACGUCUUUGAGUCUGAGGAUGCCCAGCUUAUCGCGCAGUCGAUUGGCCAGGCCUUCAGCGUGGCGUACCAGGAGUUCCUGCGCGCCAACGGCAUCGACCCCGAGGACCUGAGCCAGAGGGAGUACAGCGACCUGCUCAGCACGCAGGACAUGUACAACGACGACCUCAUCCACUUCUCCAAGUCGGAGAACUGCAAAGACGUGCACAUAGAGAAGCAGAAGGGGGAGAUUCUGGGCGUGGUCGUGGUGGAGUCGGGGUGGGGCUCCAUCCUGCCCACGGUCAUCAUCGCCAACAUGAUGCACGGGGGCCCGGCCGAGAAGUCUGGCCGCCUGAGCAUCGGGGACCAGAUCAUGUCCAUCAACGGCACCAGCCUGGUGGGCCUGCCCCUCACCACCUGCCAGAGCAUCAUCAAGGGGCUGAAGUCUCAGCCGCGGCUCAGACUCAACAUCGUCCGGUGCCCCCCGGUCACGACGGUGCUGAUCAGAAGACCGGACCUCAGAUACCAGCUGGGCUUCAGCGUGCAGAACGGCAUUAUCUGCAGCCUUAUGAGGGGCGGGAUCGCAGAGAGGGGCGGGGUCCGCGUCGGCCACCGCAUCAUCGAGAUCAGCGGUCAGAGCGUGGUGGCCACGCCCCACGAGAGGAUUGUGAACAUCCUGUCCAGUGCCGUGGGAGAGAUCCACAUGAAGACGAUGCCGGCUGCCAUGUACCGCUUACUGACUGGCCAGGAGCAGCCCGUCUACAUCUGACCUGACCGCGCUGCUACUGAGCGCGCUCAGAAACCCGCGAAGGGCGUGUGGUGGUGCUCGUUUGGUGCACUGUGGUUUAAGCGUGGCGACAGUAUGGUCUCUCUAAGUAACCAUGGUAACGGUGCGGUUUCUCUGUGUCACCUCUCUUAUUUAUUCACUCAGUUUUCAACCUUGUUUCAUUUCCACGUCUGAAAGACGUUAAGCUACUCUUUGCGAGAUUCAUCUUAUUUAUUUUAUUUAUUUAUUUUCAUUAUUGUUGUGGUUACAUGGUUAUUUAUUUAGUAGCUUUCACUUAAGUACUUGAAUCGGAGAAAGGCCAUGUCUGUCCUCUGAAUUUUAUGAAAUGUCUUUCCUAUAGCACUUUUGCAAAGAGCUCCCAACUGAAUACAUCACAAUAAAAUAAGUAUUGAAACGUCGGUUGAAAGUCGACCACUAACGUAAGGGGAUAAUGAGGCUUCACUGCAGGUUUGGAGGUUGAAGACACGGCAAUUCCAGGGCCAGUUUCUGCACGUUACUGUUUACAAAAGCGAACACCGCAAUAAUAAAUGUGUAAAAAAAAAAAACACCGCAGCUGGCUACACGCUUUAAGGAGUCCGGGUCUAGUCCGCGCCCCUCCCAAAUGCUGCAGCAACGUUUACAUACAAAAACAAGCGGGAACUCCAGAUUACACAAUAAGUAAAAGUACGAGAUGAAGAGAAGCAUAAGCGCCGCUAAUUGUUUAAUGCUAAGUGACUGGCGCCUGUGAACGGCAGCUCUGACGCAUGAAUUAAAUGCAUUCAUAUGAAAACUGAAGCCGAGCUUGGAGAAGAGUCUCACUUCUGACUUCUGAUCUGAGCUGUACUGGUGCAAAACACUGGGGGGAAUGCCAAUGUUUAGAAUGCACUCAUUAUGAAUGUAAUUGAUUUCACUUAUGUUUGUCAAAUCAGUCUGUGGCUGGAUGGUAGUGGUUUAGUUAUUUUUUGGGAGACAGUGUAGUAUAGCAGUCUGGGAACUGGUCUUGUUACACACAGGUUCAGUUACCAGGAAGGACUCUGCUGUUGGACCCCUUGAGCAAGGUGCUUAACCUAAGCUGCUUCAGCACAUAUCCAGCAGCGUAAAUGGAUACUACGUGCAAGUAACUCUGGAUAAGAGCAUCUGCCAAAAUACAUAAAAUGCUGGCUUUACUUGGUUAUGUCGUGUGAUAUUACUUAGCUACAUUCCUGUACCCAGAGCUAGUUUGUACAAUUAUUUGAUAUGGAUCUUGAUUUGUAUAGAUCAUCUUUAUUAUUUAGGACAAUAAAAACAAGGGAAAAAAACCGCA